CACAACAAGCUGGAAAGUCUCAGCUAACUGAGUUUUAAAGGACAAACGAUUCAAAAUGAUCAGAGGACAUCUUUAGUAGCUCUUUUCUGAAUUAUGAAUGUAACUUCUGACAAGUCCACUGUGCCACUCCACUGCUGAGAGAAGCUCCCCGUGUGAUGGAUCAGCUUUGCGCAACAGGUUCUCCAAAGAACAUUUAAGCUCGAACUCUGAUCCAUGUAGGGAACAAAAAGAAGCAUGCUGUCACCGCUUUGGCCCUUUGGCAUCGAGCAGGAGAUCAACUCAUGGGAUGUAGUGGAUGCAGAUUCAGGGUCAACUUUGGGAAGGCGCUGUCCAAAGUCUCGGUCUUUUUCACCAUGGUCCUAAUCUUCACCUACUUCUUCUACUGCCUCACCGGAUUUUGUGAUUCGGCUCCAAGAGCUGCAUACAGACAAGAAACUUCAGACUUGGACUAUGACAUUUUGGACGAUCUGCGGCCACCCCGGCGUCUCUUCCCCGAUGCGCCGUUUCAGCGGAACCGCACAGGCUCCGAGGACGCUCCGGCUGAGCCGUUACAGAAUACGCUGGACAGCGAAAAGGAGACUGUCCAGAGCAACGGCAUCCCCGUGUCCAACACUUUCGGGACCAAAAGGUUUCCGCAGGCGAUUAUAAUCGGCGUGAAGAAGGGAGGGACACGCGCCCUGCUGGAGUUUCUCCGCAUCCACCCGGACGUGAGAGCGUUCGGCGCGGAGCCGCACUUCUUCGACAGGUUUUACGAUAAAGGGCUGGAGUGGUACAGGAACCUGAUGCCUCGGACACUCGAUGGGCAGAUCACUAUGGAGAAGACACCCAGCUACUUUGUCACCAAAGAAGCUCCAAGUCGCAUCUGCACUAUGAAUUGUCAAACCAAGCUUAUUGUCGUCGUCAGGGACCCGGUGACGAGGGCUGUGUCUGACUACACCCAGACGCUGUCCAAGAACCCAGGGCUUCCAUCCUUCCAGAGCCUCGCUUUGAAAAACUCCUCCACAGGUUUGAUUGAUACCACGUGGAGUGCUGUGCGCAUCGGCCUCUAUGCCAAGCACCUGGAGAACUGGCUCCAGUACUUCCCUUUGUCUCAGUUUCUGUUUGUUAGCGGCGAACGACUGGUGUCUGAUCCAGCUGGGGAGAUGGGCCGAGUUCAGGACUUCCUGGGUUUGAAAAGGGUUGUUUCAGACAAGCACUUCUACUUCAACCAGACAAAAGGUUUUCCCUGCUUGAAGAAGCCAGAGGGGAGCAGCAGACCCCGCUGCCUCGGAAAGUCUAAAGGCAGACCUCAUCCCCAGAUCCCCUCUGAGGUACUGCAGAGACUCAGAGAUUUCUACAGGCCCUUCAACCACCGUUUCUACCAGAUGAGUGGACAGGACUUUGGCUGGGACUAAGCAAGAGUCUUCUUUGUGGAGAGAUGCUCAUUUACUGUUUCCACAGGGCUAAUGUUCUCAGGGUACUGGGAGAGACAAAGUCCAUUCUGCCUCAGUGGAGUCAACACGACAUGCAGCACUCAUGAACUGUCACUGUUUUGUUGUAUUUUGAGGCUCAGACGGACAUAGUGCUGCUAAUAUGAAAACGACAAAUUUAGUUAAUGGCUUAAAUAUAUAACCGUUAAACUGUUUUUGACAUUCUUUAUGUACAGAUUAGA